AUGACUCUGUUGUCGGAUCCGUGGCGUCUGGGAGCUCUGGUUCUGGCUCAAGUUCAGCUCGCCCAGUCGCAUGUGACACAGUCCCACCCCCCAGAAAUUGGCAUUAAGAGCACAUUCCUCCUCGCCCCAGCCUGUUCCCCCCAGCGCUCUUCGAGACAUCUCUCUUUGACGUCCCUGUACUCGACGAGACUCCCAUUACCGAGUUACCCCCAAAAUGAAACUAGUAACCACGCAGCAAUUGAUUUUGCUCCGCCUGGGAGGAAACUACCAAGGCAUGAGUUCCAAGUUGCAAGAUCGCUUGAUGCACUCCCCAUAGCAGAACGUGAGGCCGUCAGCUCAAUGUGGUCUGCGUUCUCCUCGUCAUCACAUCCUCGACGAAUCCUCAUUUUGCAAGGCCUUCUUACGAUGUGCUGUUUCAGCCAAUUGUCAAUGUUGUCCGAGCAAUUAUCCACUCUCAUCCGUAUCGACCCGUUCUUACUUCUCCCCCGCGAAGUCUGCUUAAAGAUUCUCGGUCAUCUCGAUGCCAUUUCCCUCAUGAACGCCGCCCAGGUCAGCCGCUCCUGGCGUGCGCUGGCAGACGACGAUGUACUCUGGCGAAUGAUGUGCGAACAACACAUCGAGAAACGUUGUGUCAAGUGUGGGUGGGGUUUACCGCUAUUAGAGCGUCGAAGGUCCGCUCGGCCACAACUGCAACAGUCCUCACAGGAAUCGGCUGCCAAGGUUCGAAUCAAGCGAGCUGCUACCACUGAAGACCAGGGACCCGUACUCAAACGAGCCCGCUCGGAGCCCGGUGGCCCAGACGUCGAUAUGACUCCCAUCCCCUCCACCCCUCCCACUACCCCCGCUCCAUCCCUCACGACUCCGACAAAGAACCUUACCCUGUCUCCCAGAUCUCAAAAUCGCCCCGAUUCGGGAAUCUUAGUUUCGUCCUGUGUGCCAGGGUCACCUGGUCAAGCGACCCGUCCAUGGAAGCAGGUCUACUGUGAAAGGUUAUCAAUCGAACGCAAUUGGAGGCGGGGCCGAUAUACUCAGCGCACGCUAAAGGGUCACACCGAUGGAGUCAUGUGCCUCCAAUUCAAUGAACGCCUUUCGCAUCCAUCUUUCCCCGUCCUCAUCACCGGCUCUUACGACCGGACGGCCCGAGUGUGGAACAUGGAGACUGGUGCUGAGGUGCAGUGUCUCAAGGGGCAUGCGAGGGCGAUUCGUGCGUUACAGUUUGAUGCGGCCAAGCUUAUCACUGCGAGCAUGGACCACACACUCAAAGUCUGGAAUUGGCGGAACGGGACGUGCGUCAGGACUCUCGAGGGGCAUACUGAAGGUGUCGUGUGUCUCAACUACGAUUCGAACGUGCUUGCGAGCGGGAGUGUCGACACCACCGUCAAGGUCUGGAACUUCCGCACGGGGGAAUGCUUUACCCUUCGCGGUCACCGCGAUUGGGUUAACGCUGUUCAUCUUUGGGAUGGUCCCGGAAGCGAAGCCAAGAACGACCGGGAGCUCGACCUGGAUCCUGGGAAGAUGCUCUUUAGCGCUUCGGACGACGGGACUAUUCGGCUAUGGGAUCUAAAUCUCCGCACCUGUGUGCGCCAGUUUACGGGUCAUGUUGGCCAAGUCCAAAGUGUCCGAUUGGUUAUGCUGGAUGGGGGGUGUCGAGAUGAAGAUAAGCAAGCGAAACAGCAAGAUAGCGAAAAAGAGAAGACGCAAGAAGAGAAAAGCGGGCCACAGCCGGUGCUCAUAUCAGGCAGCCUCGAUAACACUAUUCGGAUGUGGGAUGUGGAAACUGGAAAGGCACGCAAAACACUGUUUGGACACAUUGAAGGAGUAUGGUCGGUGCAAAGCGACAAGCUACGUGUCGUGUCGGCUUCGCACGACCGCACCAUCAAGGUCUGGAACCACGGCGAUGGUACUUGUGUGGCCACUCUAGUUGGACACCGGGCGCAGUGA